AUGACGGUGACGGCGCUUGCGGCUGUGUUCCUGGCCUUGGCCCCACGCACUGCCUCAUUCGAGGUUCUCUAUGCGGGUGCUCCCCGAUCAGGGACGCAGACCAUGUAUUCGGCUCUGAAGAUCAUGGGCUUGAACCCGAUUCAUUCUGGCUACAACUUGACAACGCGGCCCAUCCUCUGCGAAUACCUCUAUGGAAAUGGCUCCAAGGAGGCGGCCAUGAACCUUUUUGCAAGUGCAGAUGCGGCCAUGGAUGAGCCUUUCCAGCUGAUGUAUGAGGACGUGCUCAAGGAGUUCCCCAACGCGAAGGUCGUCCUGCCAGUCAUGUCCGCGGAAGACUGGUACGUGUCGGAGCGGAACUACUUCAAGGACACAGUCUAUGCAGUGGAGCGCGUGGCGGUCGAAGUCGCCCACGGUCUAAAGAUCCGGCGGAACACCAGCUACGAGUUCUUUGAUGCAAUGUGGGAGAGCAUGUACUCGUCCACCCUCACCGCAGACAAAUGCUGGGCCUGCAGGUACUGGGGCUGCGCCUUCUGGAAAGUGGAGGGUAUGACUCCCGAGGAGAACCGGACGUGCCUUAACAACUAUGAGGCGCACAUGGACCGCGUAAAGGCCCUGGUGCCCCCAUCACGGCUCUUGGUCUUCAACUUCUCGGAUGGCUGGGCACCUCUGAGCCAUUUUCUUGGGCGGCCCGUGCCCGACGAGCCCUUCCCCUACACGGACAAGUACAACAAGGAUGUCGCUGAGGAGACGGAGGCGCAUGCCGCCAGUUUCCUGCAAGAUGGAAUGGACAUCUUCCCAACACCACGCCGAAGUGAGUUGUAG